CUGCCAUUGACUCAAACAGUGAGUGAAUCUGGCGUCCUGCGGCUGAACGAGCAGCACACACACGAAUCGGCUAUUUUCACUUGCCGCGCAGCCGCUUGCCUGGUCAAGCGUGGACUUGUUUGUCAGCCGGGGUCAAGGUUCGCUCCUCCGCGGGUGGGGAAAGAUCUGCAGCAAGCGCCCGCGGAUGAAUGUCUCAUCUCUUCCAGAAAGGGCGUGAAGGAAGGAGCCCGGGUUGCUCUCGGCGUCGUCGUGGGAAUGAGCUGCCGCAGAAAAGGACCGCAAAGUGGAAAUCAACGCCGCUGAUGACAAUCUGAAGUGUGCUCGUCAACAAGCGUCAUGUCGGCGGUGAUGAUCAGCAGCAGGAAGGUGCGGAAAUGGGAGAAGCUGCCGGGCAAGAACACUUUCUGCUGCGAUGGACGAGUGAUGAUGGCCCGCCAGAAGGGCGUCUUCUACCUGACCCUCUUCCUCAUCAUCGGGACCUGCGCCCUCUUCUUCGCCUUCGAAUGUCCGUACCUGGCUGUCCACCUGUCCGCCGCCAUCCCAGUCUUCGCCGCUGUGCUCUUCCUCUUUGUCAUGGCCAUGCUACUUCGGACCAGCUUUAGUGACCCGGGGGUCCUUCCUCGAGCGCUCCCUGAGGAGGCCACGUUCAUCGAGAUGGAAAUCGAGGCGGCCAACGGGAACGUCCCCAGCGGGCAGCGACCGCCGCCUCGAAUCCGCAACGUCGAGAUCAACAACCAGAUCGUCAAGCUCAAGUACUGCUACACGUGCAAGAUCUUCCGGCCUCCGCGAGCGUCCCACUGCAGCAUCUGCGACAACUGCGUCGACCGUUUCGAUCACCACUGCCCGUGGGUGGGCAACUGCGUGGGCAAGAGGAACUACCGCUACUUCUACUUGUUCACGCUCUCGCUCUCGCUGCUCACCAUUUACAUCUUCACCUUUGACAUCGUCCACGUGGUCAUGCGUUCAGUGGAUGACGGCUUUUUGAGCACUUUGAAGGAAACACCUGGAACCGUGCUGGAGGUGCUGGUGUGUUUCUUCACGCUGUGGUCGGUGGUGGGCCUGACCGGCUUCCACACUUACCUGAUCUCGCUCAACCAGACCACCAACGAGGACAUCAAAGGAUCCUGGUCAGGGAAGAACCGAGUGCAGAACCCCUACAGUCAUAAGAACAUCUUGAAAAACUGCUGCGAGGUGCUUUGUGGGCCCGCGUACCCGAGAAAACCCGGGCGCCGCUCAUCCCAAACGAGCACACGCCCGACGACGCCGAGCCGGGCAUCGCCGGCUCGACGGAACGCCAAGACGACGACGACGACGGCGACCGUCCCCCUUCGUCCUUCGUCCCGCCUUUGGCUUCCCCCGAGACCGACGCCGAGGCCUCCGCCGCCAAGGACGACGACCACUAGCCGCCGUCCUCCGAGUCCUGCCCGGGGCGGGAACUCUCAUAAUAACUCGAGGCCGACCGCUGCGCCGGCGACUCGUUUCCUCUCCUUCCCCUACGUGAGUGACGCGUCCUCCUUCGGGGAGAGGAACGAUUUCACGGAACGUCAGCAUCUUCCCGUCUCCCGAACACUCGGCUUGACAAGUCUCGCCGAGGGAGGGCAAAAAAGUCUGCAUGAGAAACCCACAGGAGCUCCGAUCGGAUGACUUUUGUCCCAAACCUGGUAUUAACUCGAAAGCGAGCGGCCAAUAUACUCCAAGCGAGCGGCCGACACGUGUCAAGCCUCAUUCAGUAGCGUCCCCUCUUUGCGUCGUGCACACGUGACACGCUCUAUGCAAAUCGACAACGGCUGGACGAGCGGUCGCUGUGUGUAGCCGACGCAUUCAGGCAAGUUCAACAUUUGAUGUUUUAUAUUACGUUAACUGCUGCAUUCAGUACUGUUACUAGCAAUGGAAAUGCCUGUCUUUCCUUCCUUCCUUUUUUUAUAUCCAUAAUUGUUCAAGGGGUGUAUAAUAUUCUGUGACACUGGCUUUACGCACGAUAUACAGUAUCGUCACCAUUUGUGCGCGCGUGCGUGCUAGCUAGUAGCAACUGUGCCUUAUAAUGGACGCAACACGUCUGCAAACGGAGACGCCCCAAACAGUGUUUAAUAAGAAAUGUCAAGAUCCAAACUCUUAGAUGGGAGAGCCACAUACACCUUGAGGUGAAAUUUCAAGAAAGAAAAAUACAAUAUAUAACCUUUACAAGUCAUUUUGAACUUUUGAACUGUUCAAUGUCGCUUAUUGUGCAUUUUCCGUUCGCCACAGUCCAAUACCCCCCCGAACGUUUUGUGAGUCGUGUUUAUUAGGUUUCAGAUUGAUUUACUUUCUUGCUGUGAGUCACAUGUAAAGGUUGAGACUCAGAUCCUCCAGUUCACAGGCGUGGCGAUCAGAGUUAGCUUAGCAUAGCAUACAUUUGGGGUAAAGAACGAGGUUAAAAAAAGUUUCAAAUCUGCCAAGACUGCGGGCAAGGGCGUGAGAGGAAAUGACACGGAAGAGUCCCCCCCCCCCCCCCCAAACCAGAAGUCAGCUGUAGUACCAUGACUGACUCGUGAGAGGCAGCAAAGUGCCACAGGGCAUUCAGACUGCUGCAAAAUGGAAGAAGAAGAGAGUAGCAGUACAAGAAGAAACGGAAGACAUCUCGGCUCGGCCCGUCUCGGUGUUUACCACACAUCGUAAACACUUACGAUUAUUGCCAUGACCAUUUUCCCAGCCGAUCGGGAAGGAAAAAUCACUCAACGCACACCAGACCACGGGAUAAUCGUCGGGGAUAAUCUUUCAGAGAUGUCCGAUAAUCGGGCCUUAGCUGACUCUUAUUGGAAAAGAAGAAGAAUGCUUAAAUUCCGACCGAUUAUCGAAGUGCGUACUAGGAGUUGAAGGACUAAAGAUUUGUUUGUAGUCGAUGAUCAUUUGGUGAAAGUAGAGUUGAAAUUGAUUCAUCGGUAACUGUGUCGCCAUAUCGGCUGGGCUUUUCGCUGCGCCACGCAGCGGGCAAGUCGGAAUUCCUCUGUAACUCGGCCGAGUGCUAAUCAACUGCGUCGACUUCAAACCUUCGUCGUCAAUUCGGAGUAGUAAAGUGACUCGUGGGCUAAUCUGCUCAACCCCUCCUGUGCCCGGCUUUGGACCGACUAGGCCAAAGCGAACAGAAUCAGUCCGUCCCAACUCGCAGCAAGAAAACCCAACAAAAUGAUUGUUCUUAGGAAAAAAAAAAUAAAAACCAAUAACAAGUAAAGCCAUUUUUUAAUUGUACAUAUAUUUACAAGUGUGGAUGCAGUGAAAGAGGCAAAAGAAGCAAGGUUGUUCCCGAGCGCCGCCUAAAACCCAAAUAUCACACUCGAGCCAAUCUUCCCCCAGGAGUCCAAAAAAACAAAAAUGUCGCCUCGGUUUUCAGUCUUUUCAUUUGCAUGGUUCCAGUGCAGGUGGUCCUCGUGGCUGUCUUUACUGCAGGAAAUAAAAACCGGAGGAGGAAGAUGAGCGCGAACGAUGAGGCGCUGGAGUCACAGGAGGAAAAGGUGUGAUCAAAGUCAGGCUCGUUCUUGGUGUUGAAAACGAUGUUAGCGAGUUUGUGAUUGUGCGCCGUUGUGUCGUAUGCGAGAAAGAACAAGUGUUAGUGAACUGUACGUGUGUAGAAGUGAGAAGUAUCGGACCCUGCCGACAGACGUGGUCGAAAGUGGCCAUUUUUAAUAUAUUACUCACGUCGGUUAAUUUCUAUUAUACAGCAGCCGAAGUGGCGAAGGAAUUGCUAAUUUGCGAAGUUUGGUUAUCCCUGGCAGCUGAUUUUCUUUGUGACACGAUGUUAAGAAAUGAGGACCGGUAUUGGAGCCUUUUCAUGAACCCUAACUAUUUCUUUUUACUAUAUGAGGGAAAAAUUAGAGAUUUGGAUAAGCGUAAAUGUAUGCGACUGAUAUUCAUAACAGUAUCCAAUAUUUCCUUUAAAUGGUAUGUAUGAUUUUUUUUUUUGGGGUGAUAAAAUGCUGUGAUAUAAUAUAUAUAUAUAUAUAUAUAUGACAUCAUGUAUACAGUAAUCCUUAUGUUCACUUCGUUUGGUCUCAACACUGUGAUACUACUGUGUAUUUCAUUCCAGUUACGCCAUUUCUUUUUACAUGUUAAAUAUGUCUUGUAAAUAAAACCAUAGUCUUAUUAUUAUUCAUCUUUCACAGUUGAUAUUUUGAAACUCAAAGGCACAUAAAUUGGAACGUCAUCAGCAUAACAUUUGAAAGGAAAAGGAUUUGUCCUAGGCGCCACAAAUACACGGAGAAAAGCAGUGGCCCUAAAAUUAAACCCAGUGGCACCCCACACAGCCUCAUUCAUGUCAAAAACAGCACUUUCACUGGUUUUAGGAUGAAAUGAUCAAUGAAAUGUUUUUGGUAAUCAAAAAGGGUUAGUCAUUUGACUUAGCAUCAAACCCAGAAAUUACAAACAAUAUUAUUAUGAAAAUAAUUUAUUUUCUUUCAUUACUGAUAAAUGACUCAAAUGCAUUCUGGGAGUUACUUUUUCCUUUGCAAACAAUGUUCAAUGGCACUAUUCUAUGUUAAAUGACCCUAGUGAGGAUAAGCGAUGUAGAAAAUGGAUGAUUUAUUUAUAUUAUAUAUUGUGAGUUGAGAUAACCUUAGUAAAUUCCAUUAGAUAUUGUCUGCACUAAACGCAAUGAUUAUAGAGCUCAUGUCCAUUUUCUGUACUGUAUAUAAUCAGUAAAUAAAAAUUUUUUUUUAAAUUUUUUUUUAAAAGAACAAACUGGUAAAUGUGAGAUACAGCUAGUU